AUCACUGGUCCCUGUCCGCUGGCUUGAGGAAGGGAAAGUGGGGAGAGGACGACCGGUGAGAGAAACCAUAUCCAUGGGUGGCUGUGUGGGCAGUCAUCAUGACUCUUCGGGCAGUUUAAACGAGAACUCAGAAGGAACUGGGGUGGCCCUUGGGCGGAACCAGCCCCUAAAGAGGGAGAAGCCCAAAUGGAAGAGUGACUACCCAAUGACAGACGGCCAGCUGCGGAGCAAGCGCGAUGAAUUCUGGGACACAGCACCCGCCUUCGAUGGCCGAAAGGAGAUUUGGGACGCGCUCAAGGCCGCCGCACAGGCCUUUGAGAGCAACGACCACGAGCUUGCGCAGGCCAUCAUCGAUGGAGCCAGCAUAACUCUUCCUCAUGGUGCCCUGACAGAGUGCUACGACGAGCUGGGCAACCGCUACCAGCUUCCCGUCUACUGUCUCUCCCCACCCGUCAACAUGAUCGAGGAGAAUAGCGAGACGGAGACGCCCGAGGCGCCCGAAGCACCGCCCAACGAGGGGCACGAGUGCCAGCUACGCCUGCGGCUCUCGACGGGUCGUGACCUUCGCCUGGCCGUGCGCUCGGCAGACAGCAUCCUGCUGAUGAAGCGCCGCCUUCAGGCGCAGGAGGGUCUGGAAGCCUCCAGCCAGCGCUGGUUCUUCUCAGGACGACCUCUGAGCGACCGCAUGAAGCUGCACGAGCUGAACAUCUCUAAGGACUACGUGGUGCAGGUCAUCGUCAGCCAGCCGCCACCUGUGGAAAAUUAGGAGGUGGCCCAGGUGUUUGCAGGACAAUAUGUGGGAAAGCAGAGUCUCGGAGAAUAUUCCAACCUGCUUGACCAGGGAUAUUCAGCCAUUGGUUUGAUGAAAUCCAGCAGGAUGGAGGGACAGUUGCUGGGGAAAAGUGAAGAGAUUUCUGGGAGGGUUCUGAGACGAACUGCUUCUUUAAGCAUGCUGGAAAACAAACGUAAAGAUCUAUGAUGGCCGUAGUCAUCUUGCUGGAUUAUAAAGCUUUCUACCUUACUUUCUUUCUUCUGAGGAGUAUAUGUCUGCAAGGCAGACCUGAAUCCUUCUGCCAUACCUCAGCUUUUAACAGAUGAAGAGUCAAUUUUUACCUUUUUUCCUAUUUCUUCUUCUUUUUUCUGUGAAAAAUCAUUUAAAAUCCUAAAAGUAAGCUAAUUUUUAGACAAAAUUGUACUAAAACGACCAUUUUCUUUCGAAUUUCUUGGUUACUUGGUCCAAUCUUUUCUCAAUGACUAUACUUUUGCAUCAGCUGUGCAUUUAAAUGACUCCCCUGUCUCUCUGGAACUCUCCUGCACUGUAAACAAUCUUGCGUCACAGACAUUUUUAGCCACUCUUAAAAAACGGGAACAUGUUAUUUUGUGCAGUAAAUCAGUCAUCUAACCUUUAGUUCUGAGCAUAUGUGAUUUGACACAGGGAAAGUGUCACCUAAUGCUGGACAUGUUUUUAUCGGCCUCUAUUUUAGAUCACACGCAAGACUCCUACCCAAGACGAGAAGGUUUCCAUGGCACCGCGUUCUCUCUGGCUAAUAUUGAGGACGUGCGAGAGCAGUGGUAUUUAGAGGGGUGUAUUAAUGUAGGAGCUGGAACAGAGGGAUUUUUUACAGGGGUGGAAGUGUGAAUCACUGUGAGGGCUUGUAUGGACAGAAUGACUUAUCCAAUCACAUUGCUAAUGCAGUUCCUCUCCAAAUGUAGCUCAUGAUGAAGAUGAGAUGAAGAGAGUUCUCACAAUUUACUCUUUCUAUGUUUUUAAAUGGCCUGUUAGGCUUAAGCCGAGUUGCAAAAAAUGCAGGCGUAUUUUAAUGCGACAGAAUGUGUUUUGAAUUAAAAUAUGAGCAACGUUUGUA